CGAUGGCCUCGUCUUAUCGAUGACUCUUUGUACUCCGCGAACCUGCGCUCAGAUCCAAUUGCAGCCAUCAUGAUCGUGUUGAUCAAGAUGUGGCUGCGAGGUCGGAGAUUUUACCAUUGCGCCGCUGGCCUAUAUGAUCUCUUACAGAUCGUCCAUUUCCGGUAGAAUCUCCAAGCCCAUUUUCAAUCAAGGAGCACACCCAAACUUGGGGAGACAACAGAGAGCACCAAAAUCGCCAUAACAUACACACAAGCUCGGCGAGGGACGUCAUUAUGUCUUCGGACACAGUCAGUUUCACAGCCCCCCUUUCCCAAGGGUUUGGCUAUGGGAUCAUCGUUGGGCUGGGCUUUGCCUUCGCUUUGCUUAUGAUCUUCAUUACGUGGGCCUUGAAGAGGUACCAGCAUGAAGUACAAACGUCGGAAAUGUUCUCGACUGCAGGAAGAUCCGUCAAGUCUGGGCUGGUUGCAGCAGCUGUCGUCAGUAGCUGGACCUGGGCCGCAACUCUUCUUCAGUCGUCCACAGUAGCCUAUGAAUAUGGCAUCUCAGGUCCCUUCUUCUAUGCCUCAGGUGCUACUGUUCAGAUCAUCCUAUUUGCAACACUGGCAAUUGAGCUCAAACGCCGUGCUCCAAAUGCACACACCUUCCUUGAAGCCAUCCGUGCCCGCUAUGGAACUACUGUCCACAUUGUCUUCACCGUCUUUUGUGUGAUGACCAACAUCCUGGUUACAUCCAUGCUGCUCACCGGCGGCUCUGCCGUCAUGACUUCUCUUACCGGAGUUCACACAGUUGCAGCCUGCUUUCUCCUCCCGAUCGGUGUUGUGCUCUAUACUCUCUUCGGUGGUAUCAAGGCGACAUUCAUAACAGAUUACAUGCACACCGUGGUCAUCAUUGUCGUCAUCUUCAUCUUCGCCUUCUCUGCCUAUGCCACAAACGAUAAGCUUGGAUCCCCGGGCGCGGUCUAUGAGGCACUUGUUGCUGCAUCGAACCGCCACCCCGUGGAGGGCAACGCAGAGGGAAGCUAUCUGACUAUGAGAUCCAAGGAGGGUGGCAUUUUCUGGGUGAUCAACCUUGUGGGCAAUUUUGGUACUGUCUUUCUCGACAACGGAUACUACAACAAAGCCAUCGCAGCAAGCCCCGUGCACGCCUUUCCCGGCUAUGUCAUCGGCGGUCUCUGUUGGUUUGCCAUCCCCUGGCUCUGCGCCAGCACCAUGGGAAUGACCGCCCUCGCUCUUGAGGGCACCCAGCGUUUGAGCUCGAGUGACGUGUCCGCCGGACUUGUGUUGCCCUUUGCUGCGGUCAAGCUGCUCGGCUACAGCGGCGCGGUAUGCACCACGAUCAUGAUCUUCAUGGCGGUGACCUCCGCCUUCUCGGCUCAACUGAUCGCCGUCUCUUCCAUUUUCACCUACGACAUCUACCAGGGCUACAUCAACCCCGAAGCCAAGGGCAAGCGCCUGGUCUGGAUUUCACACAUGACUUGCGUCGUCUGGGCCAUCGCCAUGGCUGCCUUCUCCACUGGUCUGUACUACGCCGGGAUCAGCAUGGGCUAUCUGUACCUAUUGAUGGGAGUCAUCAUCUCCUCCGCCGUGUUCCCCGGCGCCAUGACCUUGGUCUGGAAGCACCAGAACUGGAUCGCCGCGGCAGUCUCCCCCCCGUUGGGUCUGGCGGUCUCCCUCAUCGCGUGGCUAGUGACUGCGAAGAAGGAAUACGGCGUCCUAACCGUCACGACGACCGGCUCCAACUACCCAAUGCUAGCCGGCAACGUCGCCGCCCUCCUGAGCCCCAUGAUCUUCUCCCCCGUCCUGACCCUGAUCUUCGGCUCCCAGAACUACGACUACGAGAGCAUGCGCGCCAUCCGCAAGGUGGACGACACCGACGUCGCGGCCGCCGACCUGGAGCAGAUCCCCGGCGAAGUCGCGGCCCGCACCGCCGCGCAGGAGGAAGAGGAGACCCGCAAGCUCAACCGCGCGGCCUUCUACUCGCGCACGCUGACCGUCGUCAUGGUGUUUUGUUUUUUGAUUCUGUGGCCCGUGCCCAUGUACGGCAGCGCGUACGUCUUCAGCAAGAAGUUCUUCACCGGCUGGAUCGUGGUCGGCCUGCUGUGGCUGUUCUGCACCACCUUCGGCGUCGUGGUGUUCCCGCUGUAUGAGGGCCGGACGAGUAUGGUGCGCACCGUGCGGUUGAUGACCCUGGAUUUGAUGGGAAGGGGCGGGGCGAGGAGGAGGCCCAUCGAGGGCGAGGUGGUGGUGACGACGCCGGCGGCGGGGACGGGAAGUGAGACGGUUUCUGGGGUGCAGACGCCGGUGUAUGCUGGGGAGAAGGGGGUGUUGGAGGGGGAGAAAUAG